CGGAAGUUGAGUCUUCUGUUUGGGCUAGCUUGACGCCGUCGUAAGAGUAGAUGGAGGUGAAAUUUCUCGCUGGAAAUCGAUCGACAGCGGACGGUUCACAGUGUCACUCACACCGCGUAAGCAUGUCACCAUGUACGGUGUCUUUUUGACGGUGAAGCGGGAUCGUUUCCAUGAUGGCGACCACCGCAGUUCGGGCCAGUGUGAAAACUUGAGGAGAAAAGUUUGAGCAAGGAACAGGAGUCUUUUUCUGAGACUUUCUCUGUUGUUACUGGCGUAAUAAAAAAAAAAACUAACAUGGCACACUCAACUUUCGUUUCGUUUGGGGCAUUUGCUUUGAGUUUGUACUUCGGCGUUUCCUAUUGUUACUUUUCCAUACCGCUGAAAAUAUACCCAGGGAAGUACAACGUCUCAUCGGAUGUGAAUUUGACGUCUCUUCGGAGAGUAGCGUUAAAGUCUGAUGGAAGCGGCCUCUCUCUGGCCUCUGAUCCCACCGGUACCGUGAACUUUCUGGACAUGGUGAAUAAUUUGCAAGGAGACUCUGGGAGAGGCUACUACAUAGAAAUGUCAAUCGGUACUCCUGGUCAAAAGCUGAACAUCCUGGUGGAUACAGGCAGCAGUAACUUUGCUGUGGCUGCAGCUGCACACCAAUUCAUUACUCAUUACUUCAACACUGCACUUUCCAGUACCUACAGUUCAACCGGUCGCACUGUAGCUGUAAGGUACACCCAAGGCAACUGGGAAGGUGAGCUGGGAAUUGACCGCGUCUCCAUUCCCAGAGGUCCAAACGGGACCAUCACCAUCAAUAUUGCCGCCAUCCUGUCUUCUGAUGGCUUCUUCCUCCCUGGGAUCAACUGGCAGGGCAUCCUGGGACUGGCCUAUCCUGUGCUGGCACGGCCUGACUCAUCCGUGGAGCCCUUCUUCAACUCCGUGGUGAAACAGCUGGGAAUUCCUGACAUCUUUUCCCUCCAGAUGUGUGGUGCUGGACUGUCAGCCAGCAGCACAACAGACACUACGGGCGGCAGUCUUAUAAUGGGUGGGGCUGAACCAACUCUGUAUCGAGGCUCAGUGUGGUACACCCCUAUAAUAGAAGAGUGGUACUACCAGGUGGAGGUUUUGAAGCUGGAGGUGGGAGACCAGAAUCUGAAUCUGGACUGCAGAGAGUAUAACAUGGAUAAAGCUAUAGUCGACAGUGGGACGACUCUGCUGCGACUUCCUGUCAACGUCUUCAAUGCAUUGGUAGAAGCCAUCACACGCAGCUCUCUGAUCGAGGAGUUUUCUUCAGGGUUCUGGGAAGGCACCAAGUUAGCAUGCUGGAUGAAGGGAGAGAACCCCUGGAGGUUUUUCCCUAAGCUGUCCAUCUACCUGAGGGCCACGAACACCAGCGAGUCGUUCCGCAUCACCAUUCUGCCUCAGCUUUACAUCCAGCCAAUCACGGACGUUGACGGCACGCUGGACUGCUUCCGUUUCGGGGUGUCGUCGUCAACAAAUGGCAUGGUGAUCGGCGCCACUGUUAUGGAAGGUUUCUAUGUAGUGUUUGACCGCACUCAGCAGAGACUGGGCUUCGCACUCAGCAGCUGUGCAGUGAGUGAUGGGGUGGCUCUGUCAGAGAUCGAGGGACCCUUCUCUGCAGCGGACGUGGCGGCCGACUGCUCUGGCGGCCCACUGAAGGAGCCUCUUGUGUGGAUGAUAUCUUACGCCCUGAUGGCAGUCUGCGCGUUGGCCCUCCUCAUCCUGCUGCUCAUGCUCAUCCUGCCCUGCAGAUGCGGAAACCGGAACGGUGAGAUCACGGACGAGUCCUCGCUGGUACGACACCGCAUCAAAUGACUGAGAGGGCGAAGUAGAGCGAACCCGGGGAAGGGACAGCCGGACAGCGAGCAGAGCGCCUCCUCGAGAGGCUGCACCGACCAAUGACACUCGACUUAGGAUUUUUAGACUGGACUCAUCAGCUUGGCCCACGGAGGCAGACGCACAGACAGAUCAACUGCCUCUUAAAGGGAAAAAUCCCCAAAACAAUUCUUAAAAAAAAACAGCUGUUGGUGGUGAAUUUGUGUUUUCUUGUUGUUUUUUGUGGUCGUGGCCUCUCUUUGACAAUGAUAGUUUGCUAAUGUUAUGCUUAUGUUGCCGUAAUCCACCUACACAGGCUGGUGGAGGCACUCAAAUCAUAACUGGGCUUGUUCUAAUUAGAACUGCUAAAGGUAUUCUGAGAAAUCUAGAACUUCAAUAACACUGGCAGGUGAACAAAAUUAUUAAAGCAGUUAAUAAUUAUACACACACUAACCAUCACAGCAGAAAUCAAAGAACAGCUCAGCGGUGCAGACAAUCACAGCACAUCCAGAAGGAAGGAUAAUAACACUGACAUCAUCUCCAUGCAAAAGGUGUUUUCUACGUUUCUAAGCCUUAUAAACCUGAUCAAAAGUGCCUUUGUUGUUUUGUUUUUUGUUUUUUUUUUCAAUCUAAUGCCAACAACGGGAUCUAUUUCUUGGAUCUAUUUUGAAGUUUUCCACUCGUCUGUGGAUUGAAAUGAUUACCUGGAGAUAUUACAGAAAAAAAAUAAACUAAUUAAACAAAAGCUGCUCACUGGUAAUAGGAAGAAUAUGAAAAGUUACACUCGUGUUUACAGCGCCUGUAGUGCCUUUGUGGUCUCGGCUCUCUGCUAGAACAGUAUCAGCAGUUUGGGACUUAGUCUGCUGAAUUGCACUUUGUUUCUAAAGUCGAUCAAAGUGUUAUGGAAAAUGAAAGAUCAAUAUUUCUUCUUCUGUAAUGCAGUUUAUUAUAUUAAUGUAGUUAUACCGAUUCUGUAUACCCUCAGCUUUAUAUUUAAGUCUCUUUGAAUGUGAUUGUAUCAUUAUUAUUAUUAUUAUUAUUAUUGUAAUUAUAAUUAUAAUUCCAGAUCUUUGCUUUCUGAGACUAGAAGUCAAAGGGUGUUUAUACUGCACAUUUUAUACAAAUCAUAUACAGAAACACUUCAGCAUUGAUUUCCUUUGUUACUUGUGGGCUUCAGUUAACGUUCUAGCAAAGCAGACUUUCCUGUUAGCAGUAAAAAAGAGAUAAAGAAUCGACUUAUUGAAUGUCAUUUUGCAGUCUCUUCGCACCAGUGACACAAGGUGCGUACACAGUCCACAGAAGAUGCUGUGCCACAGUUCAUUCAGCCUCAUUCAGCUUCCUGUAAUCUGACCCAAGCUGCACUAACGUGUCACAGUCUGCCAAAAUGUCAA